GUAAAUGCGUUAUGGCCCAAAUUUGGCCUCAAAUAUUUUUUUUUCUAAUUGUUAGAAAAAAACUUAACCAUGUACCCAUUUAUGUUAUUUGACAACCAGUCAGUUGAAAAUCAAGAAAAAAUAGGUUUAAAACACCAUUGAUGACGUCACAAAUUUCGCGGGAAAACGUCACGUUUACAAAAAAGUGAAGAUUUUUACCAUGUUUUGUAACUUUGAGUGAAGUUUCAAAUACCUCCCCAAGGGUGUACCAAUUUUAUAUUUAAGAAUUAGAAUAAUGUAGGUAUUUUGUCUGUGGUGUUCAAAAAUAUUUUUGGUACAUGCUUGGGGAGGUAUUUAAAAUAAGAAAAUACUGCUAAAUUUCCGACCGAUUUGCAACAAAAAUUGCAUCGCGUUGACGUAGCCCUGUGUAACGAUAUCGACCGACUGCAAAAGACUGGUCGGGAUCUUUACAGACAAUGUUGAAAUUAUAACUUCAUAAAAAAAUACUGUUCUGAUUGAUGAGUUGACCUACGUAUUUUGUUAAAUAAAAAAAAAAGAUAAAAUAGAAAAACAAGUUAUGAUUUUAAAAUGCAAAAAAAUAUCCAUAAAAAAAAUCGUCCUGCGAUCCUGUUUCGCGUUGCUAUAGAAGCUUAUGCAAAGAUGUAAGCCUACCCUAAACGUUGGAGCUUCAAAGAGCUGUCAGCACGAUCUACAUAUCAUAGAAGUUAUCUACACAUCAUUGGACAGGUAUGUUAUAAUUUUAUGUAAAAGUGAUCGGUGCAUGAACAAACAAAUGCUUGUAUAAUGUGUGAUACUCUUCGAUUCGAACGCCGUGUUUUGUUUACGUUUGUAUGGCCGAGCAGACGUCUGUUGUAACUUCAAUGAAGAUCGUCAUUGUCGAUAUUUCUGUUGUUUUGCUCAAAAAUAGUGAAUAUUUAUUGAGUAAUAUGAAAUGAAGAAUACUUUUUUCAAAAGCAAUACAACUAAAUACUUUGUUUUUAGCAUGUUUUUCAGUUCAAAGCUUUUAGUUCUAAGUCUAAAAAUAGAUUUUAGUGGCGUAAAGGAAAUCCCUGAUUAACCGUCGGAAAAUGAUUAGCCGACCAAUAUUUGAUAAAACAUAUACUAACGUGAAACAGAUGAGAAAGUAUACCAACAUAUGAAGUACUAACAUAUGGGGUACAUUCAUUAACACAACAAAUUAACAUCGACGCACACACACUUUUUCCUGUUGAUUUUGAGAUAUUGUAGAUUAACAAAUCCUCAUCAUCCAAGAACGGAUGCUUGGUGUAGUGGUUAGCAUCGUGGACUUUGCACUUAUUUUUACAUCAUUGGGGGUUCAAGUCACACUCAGAUCACUUUUUUUCGAAGUUUUACUUUUUUUUCGAAGUUUUACAGUAAUUGUAACAAUUAAGGUAAAAAUCAGUACUCAUAUCAACUGAUAAGUGUUCAUUUUAUUUUUGGGGCUUAUAUAUUUUAUAAUUUCUCUAUUAAUAUUUUUUAUGAAAACAAAAGCUGCAUAUAUGCUGAAAUUAAUUAUAUGUAUUUUCCUUUUAAGGAUGCCAGUAAUAUGAUGGACCCUGAAAUCAAUGAUCACAUCUGUAUGGAUAUUCUUGAAGUUACACGAUGCCAUUAAAUAAAAUUAUAUUCCAUAAGAACAAGAGAAGAUGCAUGGAUAUUCUUGAAGUGACAUGAUGCCUGGAAAAGGAGAAUUUCGGUGUGUUGUUUGUUCUAAAAGAACAAAGCCUGGGGACAGGCGCUUCAUUAAAGGCAAGGAAAACACUACACUGAGGAAGUAUUUGUUAAAAACUUUUAUGAUACAAACAAAAGAUGAAGACGUUAUUUGUGGAAAGUGUCGCAUGUCAUGCCAUCGCUCAUCACUACAGCGUCGUACAAUUACCGGUCAACAUACCUCUUGUGAUAAAUCUGCAAACAAAACCCUUUUGUCACCACGGAAUAUAACACUUCCGAUACCAUCCACAGGAAGCAGCCACAAAAAAUGUUUCGUUUGCAAUACCUAUCCAAAGAAACUGAUGGUAAUCUCUCGUGACGCAAAAUACGACCUCUUCCUGAGAAAAGGUAUUCUGGUACCAUUUGGAGCAAGAUGUUGUGGUCAUCAUAUUGAGGAAGGUUUGUUGCAAAAUGAGGCAUGUGAAAACAUUGCAAUAAAAAGUGACUUAUCCUCGCUAAAUCGUACAGACUUACUGUCUUUAAUUUCUAACAUCAGAGAUGUAGCAAAUGCCCAACAAAGCAAACGUAUUGAUUUCGACUCACCACAUGCUCUUUCGGAUGAAGAUUUCAUUACCCUAACUGGACUCAGUGUUCAACAUUUUAACGAUUUGUGUAUUCACUUCGUUGGUUCCGUACGAUCUUCAAAAAAUAGGAGCAUUAAAUCUUGUGUCGGUAUCUUUCUUACUAAACUUAAGAGUGGCAUGUCAAACAAGAUCCUAUCAACAGUGUUCAAUAUUGGUAAAGAUUCCAUUCGACGUGCAAUAUCAUCGGCUAGGAUUGCACUUAUGAAAGACUUUGUUCCAUCAAAUCUGGGCUUUCAACAUGUAAGUCGACAGGAUGUCAUCUCAAAACACACAAGACCACUAGCCCAAACAUUGUUUGGAGGGCUAAUGGAACCAGCCAUUCUUGUGAUUGACGGCACCUAUAUUUACAUUCAAAAGAGUGGCCAGUUUAUGUUCCAAAGGAGGAGCUACAGCAUGCAUAAGCACCGUCCAUUGGUGAAACCUAUGAUGUUUGUCACAACAACAGGUUACAUAGUAAGCGUGUUAGGACCUUACUUUGCAGAUUCGAAAAACAAUGACGCCAGCAUCCUGAAUCAGAUUUUGAAUUCCAACAUUGAAGAGAUCAAGGAGUGGAUUCAGGAAAAUGAUGUGUUUGUGGUUGACAGAGGUUUUAGGGAUUCUCUGGACCUCCUGAAACAACUAGGAAUACAGACAGAGAUGCCUUCUUUUUCGAAACAAAAACAGCAACACACAGUUGGAGAAAGCAACGCUUCUCGACUUGUUACAAAAAUAAGGUGGGUCGUAGAGGCUGUGAAUGGGCGUUUAAAAACUUGGAAAUAUCUGGACCGUGUGCUCCCCAACUCCCAGAUUCCAUACGUUGGAGAUAUUGUAAGAAUUGUGUGUGCAAUCUGCAACAAGUUCAGUACACCAAUAAGCACGGGAGACGCAGAAAAAGAUCAAGUAAUUGGUUCGAAGAUGUUGUAUCUGUCGAAGAAACAGAACACUCUUCAGGAAAGAAUCGACCGAGAUGGCCUUGCCAAUAGACCAAGCAAGUGGCAGAGGAUGGACACCAGCAGUGAAAUUGACUUUCCUGUAAUGACAGAAGAAGACCUGAGGAAUUUGACACUUGGUGUUUAUCAACUAAAAUUAGCAAGGGCCUACACACAGGAGCAUAUGAGUGAAUCGGGGGGAUAUGAAGUAUCUGUCUGUAAAGUAGAUGCUAACCUCAUCAGUGCCAAGAUUCAGAGCAGACACAUCAGCUCAAAAGCAUACCAACUGUGGGUAUUUUUCGAUGAGUGCACUGUGCAAGGGUGGUACUGUAAAUGCCGAGCUGGAGCGAGAGUAGUUGGGACUUGCUCCCAUGUUGCUUCAGUGGUAUGGUAUAUGGGAUUUGCACGUCAUUUGGACAAAACCUUCGACUUUAGCAAGGACUGGACACAAUAUCUGCAAGAUGCCAGCCAUACACCAGAGCCACUCAGUGUUGAUGAGAGUGAUGAUGAGGGGAACACCGAAGAGUGAAGAAGAAUAGGAAAAACACAGCUGCACAGAUGUAAAUUGUAUUUUCGAAUUAUGACUGUCUCCAAAAUUCUAAUCAAAGAUCCAUUAACACUUAUCUCGGGUGACAAGGUCUCUUGUUGUUAAAUGUUGUUUCUUAAGUAUCAUUUUUUGUUAUCAUUUGAACAUGUCAUUAUUUGUUUAUAUCCUUUACGAUUUACCUGGAUCGUAAGGAUUAUUGAUUACGGGAAUAUUGAUAAAAUUGUUAAAUUGAAAGUGAAUCUGAAUUGUUCUUUAUCCUCUUAGUAAAACGCCAAAUAAAAUACCAAUACAAUAUUAAAGCACAAACUAUAUUAAAAAAACUCGCUAUUUUCUUUCAUUUUUUUUUUACCAUAUUAACAUACCAGUUUAUAACUUGUAAUAUCCAGCACCAGUGUCGCCAUUGUAAAACAUUUCAUGUACCGUUGCUAUGGAAGGCAUUUGGUUGCUAAGACAAGACAUGGUUGCUGUGGAACAUCAACUAUAUGUUGUUUCUGCUUCCUUCAUAUUUACUGUAAUUUCAUAAUUUAAUCUUGUAAUAUCAAACACUUUUUGUGUCCAUUAUGAUAGAAAUAAUGUACUGUUGCUAUGGAGAAACUUUGGUUGUGAUUGCGUUGCUAGGAAGAAUCAAAAACAUGUUUGGGCACAUUGAAAUACUCUCAAAGAUUCUUAAAAACUUAACAAUAUUCAUGCAAAGUUGUAUAAAGUAUUUUGAACAAACAACUUUUAUAAAAUAUUAUAAUACAUACUUAAAUAUCACUCAAUGUGCAAUUAGACUGUAUAUACUAUGUGGGUUUCCAGGUCUGUUGCUAGGCAACGCAAUGUCGGAAUUCUUUGAAACUGCAUGUUUUAUAAAUCUCAUAUGUCCAUGUAUGCAUGGUAUAAAAAUUGAGUAAAUCUGAGGUGGGGCCAAAAAUGGCCCUUAAUGCACCUACU